AUGCUAACGCAACCUCCGCCGCUCCAGCUCGCCAACUCCUACCAAUCCCUCCUCAACGAAUUCAAUUCCGCAGACCUCACCACCGUCGGCAACUACCAACUCGGCCGGCUCAUUGGCAAGGGCAGCUUCGGCAAGGUCUACCUGGCCCAGCAUAAGCUCACCAAUGCCUCCAAGGUAGUCCUCAAAUCCGCCAAGAAGGACGACGCGAACCUCGCGAGGGAGAUACACCACCACAGACAAUUCGCACACCCACACAUCGCGAGACUAUACGAGGUCAUAGUGACGGAGAGCCUGGUCUGGCUGGUCUUGGAAUACUGUCCGGGAGAUGAGCUGUACAACCACCUGCUCAAGCAUGGGCGCAUGUCCGCGGACAAGGUACAGAAGAUAUUCACACAGUUGGUCGGAGCAGUCAGUUAUGUGCAUGCGAAGGGAUGUGUCCACCGAGACCUGAAGCUGGAGAACAUCUUGCUGGACAAGCACGAGAACGUCAAGCUGGUCGAUUUCGGCUUCACGAGAGAAUACUCCGGCCCCGCGAGCUAUCUGCAGACAUGGUGUGGGACAAUAUGCUACAGUGCGCCGGAGAUGCUCAAGGGCGAGAAGUAUGCUGGAGAGAAGGUGGAUGUCUGGAGUCUGGGCAUCAUCCUCUUUGCUCUACUCACCGGGGAGCUUCCCUUCGACGAAGACGACGACAACAAGACCAAGUCGCGCAUAAUCAAGGAAGAGCCCCAGUACCCGGAGGGUAUGCCCGAGCAAGCCAAAGACCUGGUUCAGAAGCUGCUGUCCAAGCGACCGCUCUUGAGACCAUCUCUGGGUGACAUCUUGAAGCACCCCUGGCUAGGCGAAUACGCGCCGCAGCUGCAGGAAAUCCUCAAGGUCCAACAGCCAGCCCCCUUCUCGACGCACCUCGAGAAGGACGUCCUACAGCGAAUGCGCUCUGCUGGUGUGGACAUCGACAUGGUCAUCGAGCACGUGUUGGCGCAGAGAUGCGACUCGCUCGCCGGCUGGUGGGCACUGCUGCUCGAGAAGGAACAGCGGAAGGAGAAGCGGCGCGAACGGAAGCGAAAGGAGCGGGAAGCUGAGGCCAAGUCGAUACGCCGGUUGAGCGCUGCUAGCAGCAGACUCCUUGCGCAGAGCAACCUGGGCGAGAUUCGAGAAGCCGCCGAGAAUGUCCAAGAGUCGCCACGGUCUCGAGGUCGUCGACUGGAACGAGCCCACGGCAGUCUCAACGCGCUCCAGCCUCCCGAUCUACCCAAGGUCACCGAGACCAAGACGCCUCCGCCAGAAGACCCGAAGCCAAGCAAGCCAACUGUCACCCGGAGCGACCAGGCCAGGUCAAGGAGCAGACCACCGCCACCACCUAAGGAUUACAGCGGUGUCAUGACACGACCUCGCACCCAUCGUGCUUCAUCUCGAGGCAGCCAGAGUAUGCUUCGCGUUGUUACUGCCAACCCGGAUCUACUCAGCCCUUCGUAUGUGCCACCACCGCAACGGAACAAACGCAAGUUCUAUCCGGAGCCUCUCCGACAGCAGCUAGCGUGGGUCAAGCACUUCUUCAAAGAAGGCACAAUCAAGCGCAACAAGUCGCCAUCCAAAGGAGAGAACAGCAAGGCUGAAACGACCGUCAGGAAGGUCCCAAACGGCAAAGCCGAAGAAGAGAAGGGUGACCUGAGGAAUUUGCAACGUACAUCGACGACACCAGCAGGGCUAUUGCGGCAGAAAGGCGGAGGUCAGCAGAGGCCUCAGCUUCUGGAGAGCAAGAGCAUGCCGAUGAGGCCGCGGAUCAAUACAACGUCGUCCACUGGAAGUGGCGCGAGUAUCAGAGCGGGAAAGCGUAGUAGUCUCAGUCCUGGCACCUUGACUCCGCACUCGUCGUACCGGAGGUCAUCGGUAGGACUUCGUGGCAGAAAAUCGACUUCAUCCUCGGUGUCUUCCGUGCGCAGCACCUACAAAGGUGGACACCAGCACACUCACUCCAAGGCGUCGAGCACCUCAAGCACGUCCAUUGCGUCGCCAUCGGGUCUUUCCUCGGCGUCUGGGUCUCGCCUAGCCAAAUCACCGCACCAUUCUGUCAAGGUCUUGCCAUCGACACCUGGGACCAGCGGUUUUCCGUCAGGCAUUCGCUUCUCAAAGCGACCGCCUCCCUCAAACAUUGGUGGCCUGCAGGGCCUCGGAGGAUCAGAAGCCAAAAGCGCGUUUGGCUCAAUACCUGCUCCAUCUUCGCCCGGGGUGCCCGUUUUCGCUCGGAGGAAACGCUCCGUCUUCAAAGGCCCAAUGAGUGGUUCGCCGCAUGGACGCGGUGGCGGAGCUGGCGGAAGUCGGUCAGCAAGCGUGCAAGGUCGCCCUAGUGGGGAGAUGAUGCCCGGCGUUGAAGAGGAAGACGAAGAAGAACUGGAAGAUGAUGACGGAGACUACGAAGAAGUCGAUCACUUUGGACCGGAACUUGUUGUCGCUACCAGCGACGCGGGCAUGACUGGACGAUCUGGAGGCGAUACCGAACCCGCGAGUCCCCUGAGUCCAUCACCUGGCCAAGAAGAAGAGGACCCCCUCGGACCUGGCGGGAAUGCGGAAGCAUUGAAGAGCUCGGGGGGUGUUCCGCUUACCGCUGAAGCGCUUGCGAAACUUGACACCGAAGAGGAAAGGAAGGAUAAAGAAGGCAUUCGGAGCUUGGAGAUGGAAAAGGCUGCUGUGGGCGGAGCACCUUGA